GUCAGACUACAAGCUUCCCCGCUGCUCCUCGUCCGGUGCGUGUCUCUGUCCAAGAUCUGAAUCUUGUUAAUCUCAACCUCUUGUGCUAAAGAUUGGACCAUCAACUGUACUCCAUCCCGACAUUAUCGACAGUAAAUCAAUACCAUCAACAGUAAAUACGUACCAUCACCAUGUCGGCCCCGUCAGCAAUUCCCACCGCCACCUCGGUCCUCGAAAGUGCCGUCAUCAAGGCUCCCCUCUCCCACGUCUGGCACCACAUCAAGCUCCAGGACUUUGCCAACUUCUGGUCCGCCCUGGAAAAGUCGGAAUGGGUCAAGGGCGCCAGCCCCGACACCGACAUUGUCAAGUGGACCUUCAAGGAUGGAAGCGUGGUGGAUGUGAAGCAGGAGGAACACAGUACCAUCAAUCACUAUAUUACCUAUAGUAUCAUCUCUUCGCAGCCCGAACUCACCUAUACUAGUGCUAUGAGCACUAUUCGCUGCCAUUCAGUCACGUCAGGGGAGUUCGAGGGCAGCACCUAUAUCGAGUGGAGCGGACACUUUUCCAGUGACGCCGACGCUGGCGUCAUUCAAGAUGCGAAAUUCAAGCGUAUUGAGGCUCUUGCCGACUUGGGCCGUGUCUCAGCCAAGAAAUAAAUUGUUGGCCUAUAUAGUGCAAAAGUUGAACAUCAAAUUGAAUCAAGAUGAUUUCUGUUGCGUUUUUCACAUUUGAAGCAGAGUGAUGAUUCCCUUCUCUGGUCAAUCUAUCUGACCAAUCU